AGGAGGAGGAGGAGGAGGAAGCAGGGCCUUGCUGCCCCCCCCCAAACCUUGCAGCCCCCCCCCCCCAUGGACCCCUAGGUGCCAUGCCAGCAUGGCCAAGAGCACCUCGCUGCGCUGCCGGGUGCUGGAGGGGAAGGAUCUGCCCGCCAAGGACGUCUCCGGCUCCAGCGAUCCCUACUGCGUGGUCAAGGUGGACAACGAGGUGGUGGCCAGGACGGCCACGGUGUGGAAGAGCCUGAACCCUUUUUGGGGCGAGGAGUACACCCUGCGCCUGCCCCGCGGCUUCCGCAGCCUCGCCAUCUACGUGCUGGACGAAGACACCAUCGGGCACGACGAUGUGAUCGGCAAGGUGUCGCUCAGCCACCAGCAGAUCUCGGCUCAGCCGCGGGGCAUCGACAGCUGGCUCAGCCUGGCGCCCGUGGACCCCGACGAGGAGGUGCAGGGCGAGAUCCAGCUGGAGGUGCAGGUGCCCGAGCAGGGCCACCCGCGGGUGCUGCGCUGUCACCUCAUCGGGGCCAGGGACCUGGCGCCCCGGGACCCCUCGGGCACCUCGGACCCCUUCGCCCGGGUGUCGUGCUGCGGGCACACGCAGGAGACGGCUGUGAUUAAGAAAACCCGCUUCCCGCGCUGGGACGAGGUGCUGGAGUUCGAGCUGGCCGAGGGCGAGCUGGGGGACGCCGUGCUGAGCGUGGAGGUGUGGGACUGGGACAUGGUGGGCAAGAACGACUUCCUGGGACGGGUGAGGGCCUCGGGGGGCGCGGGGGGCACCGGUGCCACGGUGUGCGCCCCCCCCCCCUUUGGCUCAGCUUUCCUCCCAAAAACCCAGGUCGAGCUCCCCGUGGGCACCCCGGGUGCCACCAAGGGCUGGUUCCAGCUCCUGCCCUUCGCCAGCAGCGCCGAGGAGCCGGGGGGGCGCCUGGGGUCCCUGCGGCUGGCGGUGAGGCUGGUGGAGGAGCAGGUGCUGCCCCCACACUGCUACCAGCCCCUCAUCCAGCUCCUCGCCGAGCCCAUCCGCUGCCCGGGCCAGCCCCCAGCCGGCACAGCCCUGGCUGUCCUGGAGGAGGUGAGCUCGGGGGAGAGCCGGCAGGACGUGGCCACCAAGCUGGUGAAGAUCUUCCUGGCGCAGGGGCUGGCCUGUGCCUUCCUGGACUACCUCAUCGCCCACGAGCUGGCCAGGACCACGGACCCCAACACCUUGUUCCGCUCCAACUCGCUGGCCUCCAAGUCCGUGGAGAUGUUCAUGAAGGUGGUGGGGCUGCCCUACCUGCACGAGGUCCUGAAGCCCGUGGUGAACCGCGUCUUCGAGGAGAAGAAGUACGUGGAGCUGGACCCCUGCAAGAUGGAGCUGAGCCGCGGCAGGAGGAUUUCCUUCAAGGGGUCCCUGUCGGAGGCGCAGGUGCGGGAGAGCAGCCUGGGGCUGCUGCAGGGCUACCUGGGGGACACGGUCGAUGCCAUCGUGGGCUCGGUGGACAAGUGUCCCCCGCUCAUGAGGGCGGCCUUCAAGCAGCUCCGCAGGCGGGUGGAGGAGCAGUUCCCCUCGGAGCAGCACGAGGAGGUGCGCUACUUCUCCAUCAGCGGCUUCCUCUUCCUCCGCUUCUUCGCCCCCGCUGUGCUCACCCCCAAACUCUUCGGCCUGCGGGAGCAGCACGCCGACCCGCGCACCGGCCGCACGCUCCUGCUGCUCGCCAAGGCGCUGCAGAGCAUCGGCAACCUGGGGCUGCAGCUGGGCAAGGAGCCCUGGAUGGCCCCGCUGCACGCCGUGCUGCUGCCCAGCAUCACCCGCGUCAAAGCCUUCCUGGACAGCCUGGUGGAGGUGGAUGGCACCCACGCGGGCGAGGAGCCGGUGCUGGUGGCACCUCUGUGCCCCACGGCCACCAUCAAGGAGGGCUUCCUGCACGUGCGCGAGGCCGAGGAGCCCUCCUCGCUGCUGCCCCGCUCCGCCUUCAAGAAGAGGUACUUCUGGCUCAGCGCCGAGGCUCUGUCCUACUCCAAGACCCCCGAGGGGCAGGGUCCCCAGGCGCGUUGCCGCAUCCCCGUGCCGCAGAUGCGGGCGGUGGAGCGCGUGGACGAGGGCACCUUCCCGCAGCCCCACGUCAUGCAGGUGGUGGCGCAGGACGGCGCCGGGCAGCUCCGCACCACCUACAUCCAGUGCAAGGGCGCGCAGGAGCUGUGGCAGUGGCUGUGGGCACUGCGGCAGGCCAGCAGCACCAACCAGACCAUGCUGCCCACUUGCCACCCCGGUGCCUUCCGUGCCACCCGCUGGUCCUGCUGCCUGCAGCCUGCCCGCACCGCACCCGGCUGCAGCAGGACCCACGGUGCCGUGGCUCUGGAUGAGUGGAGCGACCCCCUGGACCCCGCGGCGGCGGCGCAGAGCCUCUACGGGCACCUCCGGGCAGCGGGGGACACGGCUGCGGGAGGCAGCAGAGGGGGGGCCCGAGGGCGGUGCGGCGAUGGAGCCCCCCCAGGCGGGGCAGGGAGGAGGAGCCGCGUGGGGGCGGCUGCAGGAGGUGCUGCGGGACCUGGACAUCGCCCACGAGGCUUUUGCUCGCCGCCACGGCGCCGCGAGCUCGCCCACGGACACGGACACGGACACGGACGCGGUCCCCCCACCCGCCACUUGAAGGGUGGUGGCACCGCGGCGCCGGCUGGGACUACAGCCCCCAGCAUGCCCUGCGCCGCCGGGGGCCCGGCCGGCCCUGCCCUGCGCCGCAAGGCACGCUGGGAGUUGUAGUCCUCGCCGCCUUCCUCCGUUCCGCUGCCCCCGUGGACGCGGGGACAGCGCAGCGGGGGCGUCCCACGGACACGCAGGAGGCCGCGGGGUGCACGGCUGGGUGUGCAAGGGCUGCAGGGGCCACGCGUGGGCUGUGGUGCAUGGGACACGAGUGGCAGCGCUGCUGUGAUUUGGGGGGGGUGAGGGGGUGAGAUCUCCACGGGGGUGCGGGCACGCGUGGAAGAGCGCGUGUGCACGUUGGUGUGGCUGUGAGCGCACGGCUGUGCACACACACGCAGCACACGUGUGCACGCACACGGCAUGCACGAACACGAGUGUGCACACACACACACUCAGCCACCCCCUAAGGCUCCCCACAGCCCCGUGUCCCCACGGCGUGUCCCCAAGCCUCACCCCCUGGGGGACGGACACCCCCCCGCGGCGGUGCCACCCAGCACCCCGUCCCCAGCACGGCACGGGCGCGAGGGCGCGCGGUGCGGGGACGCAGCGGGACACGGCGUGGCGUGUAUUGAGUAACACCGAGACGUACACAUGG